AUGGAUUUAAUUGUAGAACUUUAUUUUAAUAAAUCCGAAUUGAAUGAUGACGUGAAGACACUGAUACUAAAUUGGGUUUCGUUUUUUAAAACAAACUGGAAGGAUUUGUUUAAUAUAGAUAAAGAGGUAAUAUUAAAAUUAGAAUUUUUUUUGGAUAAUAAAAAAAUAAUAAGUAAGAAUGCGCCUCCAAACAAUGAAGUAUACUUACAUGAACUUAAGAAGAAUCCAGAAGUAGUUUUAAAAUUUAUGAAAGUGUCUCUUCAUCUUUUAUUAUUUCGAUUCUUAUGUCUAGAUAAAGAAACGGACGAUAUAACCCUACCUGGUGAUGAUAAAAAUGAAGAAGGAAAUAAAAAUGGAAAUAAAAAUGGAAAAGGAAAUAAAAAUGAAAAAAACAAUAAAAAUAAUAAUGAUAAUAAUAUUGAUGAUGAUGAUGAUAAUAAUAAAGAAAAGAUUAGGAAAAAAAAAAAUAUAAAUCCUAAUAACAAUAAUAAUAAUAACAUAUAUUGUAGUAAUAAAUACAAAAUGGAUUUAUUUUCUUCAAAAGAUGAAAUAGAAAAAUUUGGAAAUGAGGAUUUUUUAAUAACUAAAUUAAAAUACGAUAGAUAUAAAGAAUCGGAAAUUUUUAGAAACUUUUUUUUUACAAAUAAAGUAACGAUAUAUUUAUAUAAUUGGAAUAAAGUAGAUAAAUUUGAAAGUUUAAAGAGUGAAAAAGUAAAUCAAUUAAUAUGUUUAAGAGGUAGUGUAUUAAGAGUAUCACCUAUUCAAUUAUUGAUUACUAAUCUUAACUUUCUUUGUGAUAAAUGUAAAUGUAUUAUUAAAGUUGAAUUUAUGGAUGGUAAAUUUGAACCUCCAAAAAAAUGUAUGACUAAUAAUUGUGAUGGAAAACAAUUUUUACCAAUUAGAGAAUCAGCUAAAUCUUUAGAAUAUCAAAAAAUUAUAUUAAAGGAAAAUAGGAAAAUUGUGAAUAAUAUAUAUGAAACAAAUGAUACGAAUAUUAAAAAUUUAACAGUUACAUUAGAAGUAUCUAAAUUUUUUGUUAAUUCUUGUAUACCUGGUAAUUAUGUAGAAGCUUUAGGUAUACUUAAAGUUAUAUCUUUUAAUAAUAGUCAUUUAAUUAAUGGGAAGAAUUCUCUUUUUCAUAUGUAUAUUGAUUGUUUAUCCAUUUUUCCUUUGUCUUCUAAAAAAUAUUUAAAUAACAACUAUUUUAAUGUUGAUAAAAUAAAGGAAAUUAAAAAUAAAAUACACACCUCUUUCUUAUGGGAAUCUUAUAUAGAUAAGGUUGACAAAAGGAUGCUAAUGUACAAACGGAAUAAGAAUAAUUAUUUAAAGAAUAAAUUAGUACAAAGUGUACAUGUGGAAGUUGAUAAUGAACAUGGUGAUAAAAAUAAAAAAAGUACAUAUCUUUUUAAAGAUAAACAAAAUGGUAGCCAUCACAAUAUAUUAAAUAAUAAUAAAAUCAAUUGUGAGGAAAAUGAAAGAGGUAUAAUUCUUAAAAGAAGUUGUAGUCAACAGACAAAGGAACAAUUAAAUAAUAAUACAGAUAUAGCAUCUUAUGAAAAUAAUGAAGGAAAUUUUGUGUCCUCAUACAAAUAUAACAAUGGUCAAAAUAAAGAUGUAUCAGAAUUAAAAUGCUUUGAUAUAUUCUUUGAAGAUAAGGAUACAUGUUAUGAGAAGGAUAUAUAUCUUGAUGAUGUUAUAAACAUGUAUGGUGAUUAUAUAAAUGAAGAAAAUAGUUCUAAUAAUAAUGUUGAUUAUAUUAAUAGUAGUGAUGAAGAGAAUGAGAAAAAUUACCAUGAACAAAAUAGAGAUAAUAAUAGUCUUGAUUUAAAAAAAGAAUUAGAUAGUAAGGUUUUAGAAUUUAUUCACGAUAUGCAAAAAGUAGGAUAUAAUAAAUUUUAUUUAUUAAUAUCUUCCUUUUGUCCACGUAUAAUAAUGAAUAGUUACAUAAAAGCUGGAUUGUUGUUAAGUUUAUUAGGUGGUAAAACAAUAUAUGAUGAUAACAAUCAAAUAAAAAGAAGAGGCAAUAUACACAAUUUAUUAAUUGGAGAUCCAGGAUUAGGAAAAAGUAGGAUAUUACAAUAUAUUAGUAACAUUAUGGAAAACAGUUUAUUCAUUUGUAGUACAUCAACUACUAUAAAUGGAUUGACUGCUUGUGCUGUUAAAGAUACAUCAAAUAAUGAAUAUUCCUUAGAAGGUGGAGCUUUAGUAUUGUCAGAUAAAGGUAUAUGUUGUAUAGAUGAGUUAGAUAAAAUAUCAUUAAAUGAUCAACAAUCAUUUUUAGAAUGUAUGGAAAAUCAAUCUAUUAAUAUAACCAAAGCUGGAAUUGUAUGUAAUUUAAAAACGAGAUGUACUAUUAUUGCUGCAUCAAAUCCAAAAGAAGGUAAAUAUAAUUAUAAAAAAAGCAUAUUUGAUAAUAUUAAAAUCCCAUUCCCCUUAUUAAGUAGAUUUGAUUUAGUUUUUCUUUUAGCUGAUAACAUAUCAGAGGAAAAAGAUUAUCACAUAUCCAACUAUUUAAUUAAUCCAAAUAAAAAUAAAAAUGAAUUAUCAGAAGAAGAACAUACAACACAACAUACUCAUUUUCAAAGCGAUAAUAACAGUAAAGAAGGAUCUUAUAAUUUUUCUGAAUGUGAAUGUAAUGAAGAGGAACAUAGAAAUAAAAAAAAAAAAGAAAAACAUGGAUUAAAACGAAAAAGACAUGAUUCUAGUCCAUACAUCUUUUCAAUAAAAGAUGCUCUUCUUUAUAAAUGUAAACAAAUAAAUGAACAAAAUUAUUUACCAUUAGAAUUAAUUGGUGUGUAUAUAAAAUAUUGUAGGAAAUAUAUUUUCCCAAAAUUAUCUGAAGAUGCAAAAAAAUAUAUACGUAAAUUUUAUUUACAUCUUCGUAAUUUAGCUAAUACUCACAAUGAUAUAAGUGUACCCAUCACAAUUAGACAACUCGAAUCACUAAUCAGAUUAUGUCAAGCAAGAGCACGAGCCGAUUUAUCACAUAUUGUAACUCUAAGACAUGCAAAAGAAGUAGUAGAAAUAUAUCAGAAAACUAUAUUUUAUCCUUUACACUUAAAAACGUUGAACUUUAAAGAAAAACCUACUACAAAAAAAAAUAAAGGAAAAUCCCUCGCAGCCUUAUCACACGUAUUUAAGCAAAAAAUAAUAGACCAAGCCAAACUAAAACACAACCAAAUAUAUAACAAAGAAUUACACAAUUUAGCUAGAUCAAUUAUACUUUCAGCCGAUUCAAACGUAACAGAUGAGGCAUUAAUUCAUUUUGUAAACAACGAAGGUUUUAUUUUAUACAAGGGAGGUUAUUGGCAAGUAGACUCUUUUUAUUUAAAAUAG